AGCCGCGUACGCCUUGGAUACCGCUGGAUUUCCUCUUCCAAGCCUUGAAGCCUCGCGCAACCCACUCGUAUCGCACCGUUCACGACAAAGCCACGUCUCCCAUCCCCCGUAAACGUCUCAACCGCCCACCGUCACCAUGUCCGACGCCUACGAGCGCGAACGACAGAACAACUCCCGCCUCGACGAGCUCGCCUCCAAAGUCUCGGCCCUCCGCGGCGUGACAAUAGACAUCUACGACAACGCGCGGGACCAGCAUGUCAUCGACAGCACGUCCGAGACCUUCUCCUCCCUCGGCACCUCCGUAAAAGGCAGCGCAACGAGAUUGACGAGGAUGGCGCAAUCGGGCAACAAAAUCGCGAUCCUCAAACUCGCUGGGAUAAUCGUCGGCGUCGUGUUGAUCCUGUAUUGGAUAUGGCAUCUGGUGUUCUGAGGACCGGGAGCGUGGAACGACGGCUAGCGUAUCAUAACACCUACUUGGCCAGGAGAGACGGACAUAUGAGUGGACCGGCGCGAGAUCUGCUUUGAGCGAAGGCAAGUAGGGAGGGGACUCGAUGAAGGGCAGAUUGUACCGUAGAGAAGCGAGGCGUCAUUUUUGUGCGGCAUGCAUACUCGUCCGGCGUUCAUGUUGAACUUGGCCAAGCUCACAAAUAUUAAGCGCCGGCGUCUGGCAUUGGGCGCGUAUUUGGCGUAAACCGCUGUACAUUGAUUGGUAUAGGUACACGCAACAAUAUAACCACCGUCAUUAGAACCACUGCCUCCUAUACAAUUCCUAUCCGGGUUCUACAAAGACGACCGAAAGAAAUGAGGCUCAGAGCGCAAUUUCAUUAGUACGAGAUAACACAUUCAUUGGAAACAAUAGUAGAAAGGAUUUUCUCGUCCACACACAGCAGAAAGAUAGAAC